AUGAGAAAAAAGGGUGUGGGGGGGCGUAUUGGGGAAAAGUUGGAGGAGGCGGAGGUGUUGCCAAUGUUGAGGCGUGGUGGUGAUGUUGAGGAUGAAGACAGGAACACCUCGAUAGGAACCGCCUUCAGGAACCCCGCGCAGGAUCCCACCAGGAACUCACAACAGAAACACCCGUACAGGAACCACAACAAGAACCCCCCUGCGACCCCUCAACAGGAAUCCCCACUAGGACCCCCCAACAGAACCCCUCACCAGGAACUCCCGUGUGGAAUCCCAACUAGAAUUCCCCAAACAGCAAUCCCCAACAGGAACUCCACUAGAAUACAACAACAGGAAUCCCCACCAGGAUCCCACCCCACCCCCCCACGAGGACCCCACCAAGACCCUAAACCGGAACGCCAGCAGGAACCAGCACAGACCGAGGGGCUGCCGGACCCUGGCUGGCACCGUGCCCCGCGCCGGUGCCAUUUCCCCGUCAGGAAGGGACGGCAAAGCAUGAAUACGAAUAAGAGAAAACAACAUAUUAACAAGAUUAUCCCCAUCCCACCUCCAACCUCCGGCGCAAGUUAUCCUCAUCUCAAGAAGGCCAGAGAUCGCAGCAUCUUGAACUCCAGCAUAAUCGAGAACCGUGAAGGAACGGAGAUUCUACGGACUUUGAUGCUAUAUUCUAUUCAAGUUAUGCGCUCGCGAGGCCGCGACUUAGAUAUUUCUUUGAUUAGUCACGAUCGUCGCCUCUCACGCUGCGCCGAGUUGAGGCCACAGCGGUCAGCAUACGACCGCUGCAUUAGUCACCACAAGGCCACUGUCACGGUCACCAUCGGACCACUGCAACGGCCAACCACAAGAGCACCACAGCGGUCACCAUAG